AUGAAUGGAGUAGACGAACAAGAAUUGCUCACGGUUGUUCCCCAAGUACUAAAACGUCUCUGUAAAAUAGUUGCACGCGGAUUUUAUGAGAGUGAACACGCUGCUAUCAUAACAUUAUUAACGAACUCUAAGUACCCAUGUUUACAAGAGGAUGAUCUCAGUCGGAUGCUGGGUUUUGACAAGAAACAACUACGGCAAAGUCUGGUUCGUCUAAAGAACGAAAAACUCAUAAAACAAAGAAUCCACAAAGAAAAAAACCCCGAGACAGGAACUACUCUUAGUUUUAAUUAUUACUUUAUCAACUACAAAGUGUUUGUAAAUGUGGUCAAAUACAAGCUGGAUCAUGUGAGAAAAAAGAUUGAAAGCGAGGAGAAGCGAGCUAAAAAUCGGCCUUCGUUUGUGUGCACUCAAUGCGAAAAAAAGUAUUCCGAUUUGGAAGUGGAUCGAUUGUUGGAUUUUGAGACAGGCCACUUAAAAUGCACCAUUUGUGAGGGACUAGUUGAAGAGGAUUCUGCUGAAAUUAAGCAGAGUAACACAUCUAGAACCAGCUUGGCGCGUUUCAAUGAGCAAAUGGAGCCUAUCUUUAAACUCCUCAGAGAAUGUGAGGAGAUGAAUCUAUCACCAGCCAUUCUGGAACCAGAGCCACAGCGUGCUCAGCUUGAAAGUGCUGCUUCUGGAUCUCGUCCAUCAGGACCCCGUGGGAACAAACCAGCAUGGGCAAAUGAUGCCGGUGGUAGUGAUGUUAGUGGUCCAGGUAUUAAGGUUGAUAUAAUGGGGGGUGAAGAAGAUGAAGCUGCAACAGCUAACAAGCCUCGGCCCAAAGAGGCACCAAUAUGGAUGCGGCAGAGUACAGUGGUAGCAGCUCCAGGCAUUCAGACGGAUGCUUUACACAGCACUCAAGUGCUGCAGCAAGGGGAAGCCACUCAUAGUAAAACAGGAACCGCUGGUAAGGAUGAUGAAAUUCUUGCUGAGCUGUUGGUUCAUGAAUCAGUCAAUAAGAAACCACGUCUAGACAUCAAUGAAGCACUGGGUGAGGGUGCUGGUAAUGAUGAUAGUGACUCGGGAAGUGAUGAAUCAGACUUUGAAACACCUACUCCUGGACCGGCAGCCAAAGCAAGUGAUGUCACAGAAUCCAUGGAUGGUCAUACCGAGAGUGAGCAAGAAGACGACGAAGCACAUGAAAUCAAAAUCAAAGUCGGAGACAAGAUGGUGGCGAUUAAUGAUGUGACUGAUAAAAUGCUGCGCCAAAUGACGACAGAGGAACAUGAUGCUUACACAAAAGCACUUCAGCAUGUUUAUAGCCAGUUCUACUGA